AUCUCAUCCAGCAAUUCAACUUUUGCUGCAGGUGGAGCAGGAGGUGCGCCAAGAAUACCUUCAAAUGCUUCUUCUUCCUCGUCCAACAGUAGCUCGAGUUCAUCAACAAGCAUUUUUCAGAACGGCAUCGCGCACCGGCGGUCGGGUCCCUUGACCACUGGUGCGGCGACCGCGUUCCGUGCGGAUCCGAACAGCGGCAAACGGCGGCGCACCACUGCGGAAGAUCACGUAUGCAUUGCAAAACUAAUAUCGUACUAGUCGCUUAAGGUUAAUUUUGCAAUACAAAUUUGCUCGGCAUGACAACUGGAUUUUGAUGUCAUGCUGUUUUACUUUUACCUUGAGAAGAAGAUUUGCCAUGCAUAACUAACUAAGCAUAACCGCAGUUAAUAGUACGAGUGCGAUACAACUUUUGCAAUGCAUAGCACGCCGUUCUCGGAGGCAAUUCUGUUGCCAACGAGGGAAGCUUCGAUUUCGAUGAGGACAAGGAGGACGAAGAGACGGCUUUUCACCGGUUCGCGGAAGGCGAAUACUUCGAGGACAGCAACUAUGGGAGUGUCAGAAUCGAAAUUGACAAAAUCGAAAAAUUUGUGAUGCGCAAAGUCGAUGUCAGUUGGAGCCUCAGUUUCCAAGUUGCGCAUGACAAAUUUUGGGAGAGCUCAAAUCCAGCCUGUCAUGUUGUUUCGGCAAAGAAGACUCCUCCUGUCAUGCUGCUCUGGCAGCACAUUGUAUACCCCUAAACAGGCUUGCAAUCGGUCUCAUUUGCCUGCUCCCCAAUACAGGCCUUCAGUGCCCUACAUUUUAUGCAUUAUAAAUUUUUCGAUUUUGUCGAUUUCGAUCCUGACGCUUCCAUAGCAACCCGCUCCGGACACCCCUCCAGCCGGAGGAAGAGCCUGGGGACGACAGUGGAGGUGGGGACGAGCUGCGAGGUAGAGCUCCUGUUCUUGCGGAAGAUAAGGCAUCAUCGUCCUCUGCUGGAACAUCAAGUAGAGGAGCAGUGCAAGGAUUGGACGUGGAUCACCACGAGCGGCGCAGUCGUGAGAACAAGGUGAAAGCUCAGCAGGAGCAAGAAUUCGAGCGGCAGCGCGCCAAGGAGGCUGCGAUUCGGGAGCGGUUUCAAGUCCCCAAAGAAGCGGACGACCAGGGCUUUGUGGAGCUGCAAAACCCCGAGGAGCCGUGGAUUCAGUACGACGACGAGGAUGUAGAGGUGGACAUCAAAGUUCACGAUGCUAGGAGAAGAAGAAGAAGUCGCUCCUCCCCGUCGUCCUGCACGCCACGAGAACGAGCAGAUAAGGAUGUCGAUGCUGAGUUACUUCUUGAUCAAGAACGGAAGCCCGCCUCGCCACAGAAAAAGCUGGACAAUUCAACCUCUUGUGACGAGGUGGAUCAGUACUUUAACUCUCAACACCAAGAACUUGCUCUUGUUCCGACUGCACCGCCGGGCAGUAAAAAGGACGGUCCAGCUGCGGG